AUCAUCAUGUGCACAAAAUCAUUUUUGAAUGGAGUGAUGCUCCGUACGUGUGGCCGAUGAGCUCGCUAGCUUUACAUUUGAUACAACAGCUUGCUAGAAGAGAGCUUGCUCAUAUGACUGAUUUGCGUGUUGUAUUAUUUAUGACAACUUGUUUAAAGCAAAACAGUUUUAAUUUACGUAAUGUCCAAUAGCCUGUUUCUAAUUUUACUGUCGCUUGAUUUGGGUAAUUAAAGGGUUGUCUCCUGUAGUGCAAAACCUGUGUGUAUAUCUGAAUUGUUUUUCUAGCAAACACAGAGAAGAACCACUUCCCAAGAUAUCAAGCGUUUCAGUGAUUAAUUCGACGACACGCUCAGCAGUAUUAAGAUGUUACUUUGUCCCGCUUGUAGUCCCAGCUGAACAUGGACCUUAAGAAACCUACGUUUUUUUUUGAGACUGGACAGCCGAAACGAUCGCCAUAAUGCCAGAGGGUAUGAACAAUUUCCCCCUGCUGCCCUGGUUCAUACCCAUCAAGCCCUGCUUCUACCAAAAUAUAGAGGAGGAGAUCCCUGCACAGCACCGCCGACUUGUACGUCGGGCGUACAACCUUUGGAUCUUGUAUUCCUUAACAUUAUGCGUGAACGUGGUGUCCUGCAUAGCCUGGUGGGCUGGUGGGGGCAGUGGGGCCAAUUUUGGCCUCGCGCUGUUGUGGCUGCUGCUAUUUAGCCCAUGCAGUUACACCUGCUGGUUUCGGCCCUUGUACAAGGCAUUCCGGGCGGACAGUUCCUUUAACUUCAUGACGUUCUUCUUCAUCUUCUUCCUCCAGUGUGUGAUUGUCGUCAUCCAGGCUGUAGGAAUCUCUGGCUGGGGUGCAUCUGGUUGGGUGGUGACGGUCCUGUUUUUCUGCAUCAAUGUUGGCUCUGCUGUGGUGAUGCUCCUCUCCGCUCUGCUCUUCACCCUGGUUGCAGUACUGAUGGGCCUGGUUCUCAUUAGGGUACACCGCCUGUAUCGGGGUAGUGGGGGCAGUUUUCAGCAUGCCCAGGAAGAGUGGAGCAGUGGUGCCUGGAGAAAUGCUCCCGUUAAGGAGCCUGACUUCAAUGCCAUCCCCAGUGGCCCAAGUCUGCCUCAGUAUCCAACUGCAGUGCCCAGCUACCCAGACAAUGGGCCGUGGUGAUACCCUGACUGUACAGCAGAGGGAGCCCUAGUACAGUCCAAUGUUUUUCUGGUGAAACUACGAACUGGGUAUAGCUUCUGGGUAAACUUGACACAUUAGUGUCAGGACUAUGCUGGAGGGAAAUAUUAUAUUAAAAAGAAAAGCAUUCGAGUUACCGCCCAUGUAUAUGCCAUAUUUCAGUUGGCCACACCUUGUUUUGGACAAAUGAGAGGAAAGCAUUCUAUUAUUUCUUGUGUAAAUUGCUUGGUACAAAAAAAAGCCUUUAUAGAAUUUUCUGUUUUGUAAUGUACAUAUUAUGAGGCUAGAGAUAUCUGCGGUUAUGGAGAAAGAGAAGCAUCUGGAAUUCUCUGUGUACGUAAAGCAUUUGCAAAGGUUAUUGGGAGUAGGGUAGCUGAUUGAUGAAGUCAACAUUGCUAAUGUCAAAAUCUCAUGAGAUAAUAGCGACAGUGAAUUCAUCCACACAGCUGACUGAAACGUUGGUUAUGAGACAGUAAUAAUAAUCGCAUGGCUUCUAGCUUGUUGUGUGAAUAUUUGUUUUUUAAAUGCUAGCAAGCUAUGGCUAGAAUUACUGUAGAACACCGUUUGUUCAUAGUAAUGUAGCAAACAUGGUGUUAGCCAACAGGACAAAUAAUUUGCCAAAUUUUUUAUUGCUCUUAUUUACUUUGAGUCCUCAAAAAAACACCAUCUCCUACUAGACAUAGCGUCAUACUCGCAUGAUCAUGCCAACAUGAUUCACUUCACAUUACUCAGUCUUAGUAAGAAUAUUAUUUGACAAAAACAGAUAAGGAUUUUGUUUAUCACGUGUUCAAGACCAAUGCAAAACACAUACCAAAUAUCUCAGCUCAGAAUGUAAUGUGUAAGUUAAAAUGUUUUAAACGGAAUACAGCAGUUCAUUUACUGUUAAAUACUACUGAGCUGCAGGAGAUAUAUUUUGCCAUAAAUCCAGGUAAUAGUUACACAGCUUUUCUGUAUGAUUAUAUGUAUAUAGCUUGACCCUCUUACUCAGUAGCAGGUCUUUUUGUGGGUUAGACAUGGCCUGAGCAUAUGUGCUGUAGGUUUGAAGCAGCAAGCAUUACAUGGGGGCCGGUGUUUAGGCCUCUGACCAAGCUUGAGGUGAACAGACUGAGGAGUGGAGCGUUGAAAAUGUGCCUGAGUUUACGACACUGAAAGACAAACACAGGAAAUGUGCCUGAAUUGUACAGAGACAGACUUAGCAAAUUUGCAAAUUUAGCACCUCAAGCCAUCCCCCCCCAGUCUUGCACAUUGCCUUAAUUGUGAUUGUCUUCAUGGUCCAGGGGGGUGUUUUGGAAGCUGUUACACACACCUGACAUAGAGCUGUUUAAGUUUGUGUUUUUUUGUGCAUGGAAUGUAGAACCUGGCUUUCUUCCAUAACCCAAAUUCCAUGUUGUCUUUGGCCUAGUUGCUGUUCCAUGACGGUCUCCCUUGACGUGUCUUCAAAUGUUCUGUAUAUACAGCCUUAU